AUGGCUAUCGAUCUCGACAGGCACCACGUCCGCGGCACCCACCGCAAGGCCGCCAAGAGCGACAAUGUCUACUUGAAGCUCCUUGUCAAGCUCUACAGGUUCCUUGUCCGCCGAACCGACUCCAACUUCAACAAGGUUGUUCUCCGCCGACUCUUCAUGUCUCGCAUCAACCGACCCCCCGUUUCCAUCUCCCGUAUCGCCGCCAACGUCCAGGACGAUGAGAAGCGCACCGUCGUCGUUGUCGGUACCGUGACCGACGACAACCGUCUCACCAAGGUUCCCAAGGUCAACGUCGCGGCCCUCCGCUUCACCGCCACCGCCCGUGCCCGAAUCGUCGCUGCCGGCGGCAAGGCCCUCACCCUCGACCAGCUCGCCCUCCAGGCCCCCACUGGUGCCAACACCCUCCUUCUCCGUGGCCCUAAGAACGCCCGUGAGGCCUUCAAGCACUUCGGCCAUGGCCCCCACAAGAACAAGAAACCCUACGUCGAGUCCAAGGGCCGCAAGUUCGAGCGCGCUCGUGGCCGCAGGCGAUCCAGGGGCUUCAAGGUAUAA